UUGCACCUUUACAGUCGAAUCGUGCAUCCAGUGUGUACAGUAUUCGUGACAGUAACGCCAAAUACGGUAGCGCAUUUGAGCGCAACAAAGCCGUACGAUUGGUUGCAACCGUUGUGUUGCUCUUUAGGGGAACUAGUGCAGUGGUGGGCAACAUUCUUGGUUGUCGUUGACGAGUGCGAUGAGGAUGAGAAUGAUGAGGAUGACGUUGAUGAGGUUGAUCGUCGUCAUCAUAUGGUGAUGGUGGAGAGUCACGACUUGAAUGCUCGUGGCUAG